GCUGGCGCUGCAGCUCGUCAUCAGUUCGUUAGAUGCCGCCAGAGAGGCGUCUAUUGCCCUUUUUGACUUUGCGACUGCGAAUCGCGACCUUAACGACUUUCAAGAGUUUGAGCAGGUGCCCAGAAACAGCAGCAGCGUCAGCAUGUCGGGGAUUACAAUAGAGGAGGAAAUCUUUGGCCUGGCCAAGAAUCCUUAUACCAAAGUUCCUGAAAUGGUGCGUCGCUAUACGAUGACCAAUCAGAACCAAGUGUCCGUCUCGGUUAUCCAACUGGGCGCCAUAAUACAGAGUGUGCGCAUGCCGGACGCCUAUCACAAGAUCGAGGAUGUGUGUCUCGGAUUCGAUGACAUUGCCAGCUAUAUUAAUACAAGAUCAGCUUAUAUUGGCGGCACUUUGGGACGUGUAGCGAAUCGUGUAGCCAAGGGCGAGUAUACGGUGGGUGACAAGGUGCAAAAAGUGACCAAGAACUUUAAGAACACGUAUCAACUGCAUGGCGGCUUCGUUGGCUUCGACAGCGUCAUUUGGGAAUUGGUGAGCAAGACCGAUUUGGGCAUCGUCUUCAGGCAUAUCUCACCCGAUGGCGACGAGGGUUAUCCGGGCAAAGUGACGGCCACUAUAACCUAUUGGCUGGACAAUCAGAAUCGCUUCGGUGUACGCUUCGAGGCGACUACAGAUAAGACGACCUGUGUAAAUAUCUCCAAUCAUGCAUACUAUAAUCUGGCUGGUCAUGGAGCCGGGCCCAAGGCUCUGGCCGAGCACACUGUGGAGAUUUUGUCGAAACACAUCGUGGAAACAGACGAUGCCCAAAUCCCAACGGGAAAUCUGGUCAGUGUCGACGAUACGGUGUUCGAUUUGCGGGUUCCUGUGCUCUUGGGCGAUCGUCUCAAGCAGUUCGAGGACCGCCUGAUCAAGGGCUACGACAAUUGUUUUGUGGUCAACGAGGGCAGCGAGGGUGGCAUCAAUCUGGUGGCCAAGCUGCUGCACAAACCCUCGGGUCGUGCCAUGGAGGUGUACACCAAUCAGCCGGGUCUGCAGUUCUAUACGGCAAACAAUCUGCCCGAUGAGGAGAAUGGCGAUGCUGCCAUGAUUGGCAAGGAGUGCACGCAUUAUCGCAAGCAUGGUUCGUUUUGUGUGGAGACCGAGAAAUUCCCCGAUUCGAUGAAUCAUCCAGAGUUCCCAUCAAUCUUCCUGCAGCCGGGCGAGAAGUAUUUACAUGAGGUCAUCUACAAGUUCAAUGUGGAGGAGUCUUGGCGUUGCUGUUGUGAAAACAAAUAAUGAACAUGCUAUGCUGACUGUUUCUUUAGGUGCCUAAUAAAUGAUACUUUUUGUUCUUUCACUUAAAUAGAUAA